CUAGCAUCCAGCUUUAGACAUCGGGUUCGGCAAACGAAAUAAAGUUGGACUUCCUUUCAAGCUUGAUGUCUUGACCGGUCGGCUGGUCGGGUUACAUCGCUUUAGAAAACACCAUGGCUUUGAAUAUAAGUAGAUCAGCUGUCCGUUAUUUGAGGGGAAGGCAUUAUGGAACUUUGGCACCACUUGCACGUACAGAAAACUCAAAACUGACAACUUUGGGAAAUAACAUCCAAGUGACCACACUUGACAACAUCAACACCAACUCCUCCAUUGGACAGGUGUCCUUCUUCUUGAAAGCUGGAUCUAGAUAUGAGUCACCUUAUCAACUAGGAGUAUCACAUUACCUCAGAGCAACUGCUCUCAGUAACACAGGACCUUUCUCCGGGUUUAAACUUAUAAAAAACAUAGACGAAGCAGGUGGCAACUUAAGUGUUCAGACCACAAGAGAGCAUAUGAUUUAUACAAUAGAGGGUCCGACAUCAGAGUUAGAAGGGUUUGUGAAUUACUUGGGUGCCAUUUUGACAAAGCCCACUUUUGAGAAGUGGUACUUGAAGCCCUGUGAAUGGCGUGUGGUAGAAGAUCUGGCCCAGUACAAAGCUAAUAAUGACCAGAUGGCUUUUGAAGAUCUGCACAAAGCUGCAUACAGGUACAAUCUUGGGAACUCUGUAUACUGUCCUGACUCUAUGGUUGGCAAUGUUGAUGGUGAUAUGAUGAAGUAUUUCAUGAUUGACCACUUUAGAGGGGAGGACAUGAUGGUAGUCGGCACAGGCAUGCAGCAGAAUCUUCUGGAAAAAUUUGUAGAACCCCUAGAAACACUGGAUCAAGUCUAUGAAGAAGUGCUGGAUCUGUUACAAAACCCUCAAGGGCGUGUCUCGUUUGAUUAUGGGGAAUCUGAUCUUGCCCUCUCUGUUCCCAAGAAGUCGGAGGUAGAAAUUGUAGACAUGGAUGAUAUUUUCAAAAUCCCACAAUUACCUGCUAAAUACUAUGGAGGUGAACUUCGCACCCGAACAAAAACACCUGAUGCUACUUUUCUCUUUGCUAAGGAAGGGGUUAGCUUCAACAAUGAGAAGGAACUGCUGGCCUCUGGAAUACUCCAGAUGAUCUUAGGAACCGGAAUCCAGAUCAAAUACGGAUCAGGUGGAGGCAGCAACAAACUCAGCACAGCAGUUGCUGAAGCCAGCAACAACAACUGUUCAGCAUCUGCCAUCAACAUAAACUUCAGUGACUCAGGAUUGUUUGGUUAUGCUGUGAAGGGCCAUGGAGAGGACAUGAGGAAGUCAAUAGAAGCAGCUAACAAAGUCUUUAACCAGACAGUCAAAGAUGUGGCAGCCAAGGACGUAGAAGAUGCUAAAAAUAAAUUAAAAUCAGCCUAUGCUUUCUAUGCUGAGAAGGAUGCUAACUUGAUAUAUGAAGUAGGAACAAGAGGAAAAGCCCUGGAUUUUAACUCUAUAUUCUCAUCAAUUGACCAGAUCAGCCGACAAGAUGUUGUUAAGUUUGCAGAGAAAAUGAAAGCGAGUCCAUCUACGGCCUCAGCUGUGGGGAACAUAAGUAACACACCUGUGUUACAAGAACUAGAGUGAUCAUUGUGAUAACAGAAACAUUGAGACAAUAUUAACUGAAUAUCAGUAUCGUUUUUCUUUUGAAGUCAUGAAAAAUAAAUUAUUUUCCAAAAAGG